AUGUCUGAUCAUAUCUACUUAUUCAUUCCAGCAGACCUCGGUGGCGAAAAGAGAAAUAAUGGGCGUUACGAACAAUUCAAGUACCACUACUGGGGCUACGCUAAAGUCGCGGCAAAUCGUCAUGAAAUCCCACCAUCGCGGAACACGAAUCUCUCGGCUCCUUACCAAAAUACGCACGGUAUAUCGCAACGAAACCUUCGUCCUAGACGGCUGUGCUUACUUCAAGAGGAUGAAGGAAUUGAUAUUGUCGACGUGAGUGAAUGGGAGGCAGAUAAUGGAACACUCGAUUACUUGUUCAUAUGCUAUACCACUCUGCAAUUCAGUUACGACUCCAUUGAUGAUAUGGAGGAGCUUCAUCGUAUUUCUGAAUCUGCAGCCCGACAAGCAGGAGUGAAUGCUUACUGGGUCGCAUGUAGCUGCAUGCCAGAUGAUGAGGAAUGUUCCGAAGAUGUAUACCGGAUCAGCGACAUUGUCCGCGGGGCGCACUCCUUGGUCGUGAUCAUCGGCCCUCCUCCAGGUUCAACCCCAAGUGUGAGCGAGAUGCUUCGAGAACUUGGAUCGAGAAUGUGGAAUUUUCCUGAGGUUCUGCUGAGUCCUUCAAACAAAACUAUCUUGGUUUACAUGCGUGACUGUGAUACGGAUUAUUUCCGGGUCCUUUCUAAACGGAACUUAGCUUGGGACGAUGCUCUCAUCUCGAGACAACUGAUUGAUCAUUAUGAAUCCUCCAUUUUGCUCAGUCCCUUAGACUUGGUUUCUCUUGCCUUGGAGUGCAUUCCAAACCGGGACACCGUAACCUACUACGAAGGAGACCUUUCAUACGCCUGA